GCCCAUGCUGAAGAAGAAGACUACUGGGACUGUGUACUCUGGAGUGAUGAGACCAAGAUAAAUGUUUUUGGAAAUUGAUGGCUUCAAGACGGUAUGGCGUCGCAAAGGUGAGGACUACAAAGAAAACUGCAUGGUGCAUACAGUGAAACAUGGCAAUGUCCUUCUGUGAAGCUGCAUGAGUGCUGCUGGUGUCGGGGAGCUGCAUUUCAUUGAUGGUAUCAUGAGUUCACAGAUGCAUUGCUCUAUAUCGAAAGAGAAGUUUUUCAACUUGACAACAAUCCAAAACAUACAUCUAAGGCCACUGUUGCAUUUCUGA